UAAAAAUGUAAAUAUUAAUUAUUUUACUGUAUUUUAUUAAUUUAUAAUGUAAAUAUUAUUACUGUACACAAUUUUAAACAAUUUAUGUAACUAUGUUGGUGGAUUUAAAUCGGAUUCUCACUAAAUUUCCUACUAAACACUUGGUGUACUGCUUUGCUUAUGGAUCUGGUGUAUUUCAACAGGCUGGUCGUACGGAUCGUGCAAUGGUAGACCUAAUAUUUGUUGUAAACAAUACUCACGACUUUCAUCGAGAUAAUUUAACAAUUAAUCCAGAUCAUUAUUCUUCGAUUCGUUACUUAGGACCAUCGGUCUUAUCAACCGUUCAAACUUCAUUUGGUGCUAAUGUGUAUUUCAAUACACAUAUCACAGUAGGUAAUUUAAUGUUCAAAUAUGGCAUUAUAGAUUUGAUAGAUUUUCGUCAAGAUUUACAGUCAUGGUACACACUAUACAUAGCUGGUCGGCUUCACAAGCCUGUGUUAAUGUUACGUGAUGAAGGAUUUAGUGAUUUGGUCAUUCAUAAUCUAAGAAGUGCUGUGCAUGCUGCACUACUUCAGUUACCUGAAAAAUUUUCAGAAGUAGACUUAUAUACUGCCAUUGCGGGUCUAUCAUAUCGGGGAGAUUUCCGUAUGAUUAUUGGUGAGGACAAGAACAAAGUGGCAAACAUAGUACAACCUCAAAUAGAAAAAUUCAGGGCAUUAUAUACACCAGUUUUUAAAUCAAUGAACGAUAGGCUAUCCAUAAAUUCAUUUGUAGAACAAGACAAGAGUUUGGAGAGCAAAUUGUAUCAUUUACAAAGGUUACCACAAAAUUUAAAGAAUAUUUUAUUCAGAUCUUAUAAGAACAAAUUGAAUAAUGACAGAAUUUUAGAAGAAUUAGCAAAACAAGAUGAUGUCAGUAAAAUUGUGCGCAAUGGUAUUAGUAGAAUAGUAUUUUAUUCAAGUCUUAUGCAAAGUAUAAAAGGAAUACCAACAGCAGGAUUACUAAAAUCUGUCAUCUAUAGCUAUAGCAAAUUAAAUAAAAUGGUUAAAUCUAUGUUAUUUUAACUGAUUAGAUUACUUUUAUGAAAAUAGUAUUGUUAUGUUGUUAUAUAAUUGUAUUUGUAUUAGGUUAGUGAAAUUAAACUUUAUAUUAUUGA